AUGACUGUCGGGGAGAGCGGGAAACCGUUUUUUGGCCGCCAGCUCAUCAUUGCUGCUUCACGCCGAAUGUCUGACUGCAGAGAAUUUGAUGCAAAGGCGCAUGCAAACGACAAGGCGAGUAAACAGCAAAACUUUGAAGGAGAGACGAUGACAGACCGCGAGGGCCAUAGGUUUGGGGGGCUCUCGUGGCGGCGGGAAGGCAUAGACAGCGACAUGCGUCCUCCGGGCAAGCGCGGAGACAACAGCGUAGCAGGCUGGGCUGCAGCAAACAGCAGCAGCAGCAGCAGUAGCAGCAGCAGCAACGGCAAUGAAUACAAUAGAAGGGCUCCACCUGCUGCUCAUGGGUCCUUCGCUUCAGACACCCGCGGCUUUGACGCGUUUCGAACGGGGGGCAUGCAAAAGAUAGACCACAGAAGCACUCUCCCUCACAUUCCAGCCUCUCAAGCAAACGCAGCAGCAGGAGCAACAGCAGCAGCAGCUCCUGCAACUGCCCCUGUUAACUAUCAUCAGCAGCAGCGAAGAGGCCACACUGCUGCGCCUGUUUCUCGCGGAAGUUUUGCUGUCUUACGACAGCCUGCUGUGCAUGCAGCGCAUGCAGAGGGUCCUGUAAGCCCCAGCAGCAACAGAGCAGCAACAGCUGCCGCUCCCAACCGCCGGGGAGCGGAGGCCCAACAAAGCCCGAGGGGUUUUGCUGCUUUCCGCAGAGGCGACAGCAGCAGCAACAGCAGCAGCAACAGCAGCAGCAGCAGCAGCAGCAGUAACCGCGCCGCACAUGGCAACAACUGGACAUCGUCCGCGGGGAGUCCUGAGGGUGCAGGGGAGAGCAGAGCACCAGCAGCAGCAGCAGCACCAACAGCAGCAGCAGCAGCAACAACAGCAGAAGGAGUUCAGCUGUGGCGUCCUCGUCGCGUACUUACGAGAGAGGAGGAGGUGAAUCGUAAUGUAAAAUCUCUUUUAAACAAACUAACUAUAGAAAAGUUUAAAGUUAUUGCAGAGAAAUUAGCACAAACUCUGGAGCAAAGCCUGCAAAAUCCAACAGAAAUUCGAAUUCAAGUCGAUGCUAUUAUUGAUAAAGCCGUCACAGAACCCGAUUGGUCGGAGAUAUAUGCUUGUGUUUGUUUGUGCUUGAAAGCGUUUCUGUUUGUGUGUGCACUUACGGUGUAUGUACAGCUGCUGCAGUGGCGCAGUGUUGCAGCAGAAGGAGACCCGGACACAAUUAGAAGAACCCCGUUUAUGUUGGGUUUGUUGACGCGAAUUCAGGAGGAGUUUGAGGCAAUGCCUGCGGCGCUGCAGCACGAAGUGCAUGGAGAAUCCGAAGAGAUGCAGCAAGAAGCAACUCGAAUAAAGCGUCGUGUGCUGGGGGUUGUUAAAUUAAUAGGAGAAUUAUUUCAUAGAAAGUUAUUAGGGUUUAAAAUUGUUAAUGAUGUUGUUGUUGAACUCGUUAUGCGAAGCGAAGAACCGGAUGAAUAUCUAGUUGAAUGCUUCUUGCAACUUAUUUCAACUGUUGGGUUUUUCAUCGAUCAAAACCCUAAGAUGAAAGUUGUGCUGGAUUCAUGGUUCGGGCGGCUGAAGGAACUUCAAACAAAAAACUACUCCAAACGACUUAAAUGCGUUAUUCAGGACACUUUCGAUAUGCGUAGAGCCGACUGGCGAAAGAAAAUUCAUAGAGAAAGAGCGAAGGCCCUCAACGAACUGCACGAUCAAUUAGAAACAGAAGAAGUGCUGGGAGGGGCGGUGCAUGCAGCGCAGUAUGGAAAUAUCGUCGUAGUCGGCGAACGAACAAAUCUUAACGGUGAAUACUUGGAUUAUUUAAAGCAGCAAGAAGAGCAGUACCAGGAGAGGGUGGCGAAGAGAAUAGCGGCAGCGCAAGCAGCAGCAGCAUGCAAGCAAGAAGGGGCUUAA